GAAACUUUAAUGUUAGAGAGUCUCUCAUUAAUUGGAAAUUGAGAAAUAAUCCACCUUGUGAUGACCUUGCAUAUUACGAUAUAUUAGACCUCACUCCAGGCAGCAAUAGUGAUUUCGUCAAAAAUUACAUGCCAAUGGAAGUAUACAAAAAGCUUAUGUGUGAACAAAAACCUCAACAGAAAGAAUAUAAUGAAAUAAAGCAUCAUAUUAAUAAUAUGAUAAAGGUUUCUGAUCUCAAAAAAUCAGUCAUUGAUCAUUAUUUACCAACUUGUGGUGAUGAAGAGAAGGAAUUUUUAUGGA